GUCAGCAUUCUAUCUGUUCUGUAUCUGUGACUGUCUUGAGAUCGACAAUGCUUUAUUUUAGCAUGGUAGUUUACAAUUAUCAAGUAGAAAAUUCCAUGAUCGUUGCGAUUUUCUAUGACAAGAUCAUGCGUUCUGUGUAAACAUGUACAGAGCGACUAAGAGAGGUGACGACGGCCGUCCAAAGUGUGCGUGGAAUAUAUAGAAAUGCAACAUGAUCAGCACUUUUUGAGCUUAAUAUAGUAUGUGAUUCAGGAAGGACUUCUUUGAGGUACUGCGUAAUUUCUAUUUUUUUAUUACCCACACCUGUGAAUUAUCAAAAUGGCAACCCAAAAUAACUGGGGACGACAUACUUUUUUCAUGUGCGUCUUAUUUUUGAUGGCGGCUGCGGCUAUUGCAAUGUCGGCCAUCGUUUUACAUCGCAUGCUCAAUGAUGACGAUAGCGAUGAUUCUCCAACGUCAGCGGGGACUGGUAGACCGGUGUCAGGGGCAGAGGUAGGGAACCCACCAACGACGCCCACAAGAUCCACUCCUCUUCCAGACUCACGGCAGGGGGCGGUGGUUGACUGCCUACCAAGGAACCUUAGAGAACCCAGGCAGGACGUCACUCGGGGGGAAUGCGAGAGAAGACAAUGUAUAUGGAGAAUAGCAGCAAACAGCCGUGCUCCCAAAUGUGUUUUUCCGGAUACAGUGGGUUACAAAUUUCAAACAGGAAACACCAACCAUCUAAAAAUAUCCAGGACCGGCCCCGAGGAAGUGUACGGAAUGAGGGUACACCCGGAAGUUGACGUAACGGUGGAAGACUACGGGGACAACGCACUAAGAAUCUAUUUCCGUCCCAGUAAUACUCAACCUUUUGAAAUCCCAGAGGAGGCUCUGAAAAUCAACCGACCAGCUCCAGCAACAGAUAAGCAAUACAGGGUGGAGGUGGUUAAGACUCCCACAUUUGGCAUCAAAGUCACCAGAAACAGCACAGGGUCCGUGGUCUUUGACAGCAGUUUGCCGGGACUGACGUUCUCUGACCAGUUCCUGCAGAUCAGCACCCGCCUCCCCACAGACAAUGUUUACGGGUUUGGAGAGCACAACCACAGGCGCUACCGACAUGACAUGAACUGGAAGACGUGGACGAUCUUCACUCGGGACAUGGCUCCAGUGGAUGAAUGGAACUUGUACGGAGCACAUCCAGUUUAUAUGAACCUAGAGAAAAAGGGAAAAGCGAACAUGGUUUUUCUGAAGAAUAGCAAUGCAAUGGAGGUGACCCUGCAGCCGUCCCCAUACCCCGCCAUUACCUACAGAACAAUAGGAGGGGUUCUAGAUUUCUACGUGUUCCUGGGGGAGAACCCUAACCACGCCCUCCAGCAGUACAUACACGCUAUAGGGCACCCUGCUAUGCCACCAUACUGGACUCUAGGAUUCCAUCUUUUACGAUGGGGAUAUGAAACAUUGGAUCGAAUGAAAAUAAUCCAUGAAAGGAAUGUUAAUGCAGGAAUACCAUUUGAUGCACAAUGGGGAGAUAUUGACUACAUGUACAAGAAGUUUGAUUACACCGUGGACAAAAGUACCUUUAAGGAAUUACCCGAGUUUGUCGACCAGGUCCAUAAAGAAGGAAAGAAGUUUGUGGUCAUUGUGGAUUGCGGCAUUGGUUCAAGAGAAGAUCUUUACUCUGAGGCAAAAAACAACAGUGCAGGGUACAGGAUGUAUGAGGAUGGGCUUGAAAUGGACGUUUUUGUGAAAAAUUCCAGCGGACAAGUGCUAGUAGGAAAGGUGUGGCCAGAGGAGUCAGUUUUCCCAGACUUUACAAAUAUCGAGAACGCGACCAAAUUCUGGAAAAAAUGGAUCCAGUAUUUCAACGACACAGAGAGGGUUCACAUUGACGGGUUGUGGAUCGACAUGAAUGAACCCGCCAACUUUGUCCAGGGGUCUGUUACCGGUUGCCCUGACAACCAUUGGAACCACCCACCAUUUAUUCCACAAAUAUUUGAAGGGGACAGGGACAGUGGGAGCCUGUAUUACAAGACGUUGUGUAUGGACGGUGUACAACAUUGGGGCAGUCAUUAUGACGUACACAGCCUGUAUGGACAUAGCGAGAGCAUCGUCACUUACAAUGCUCUGGUUGAACUGAAUCCUAACAAGCGGCCAUUUGUGAUGACGCGGUCAUCUUUUGCCGGAACUUCCAAGUACGCCUUUAAAUGGUUGGGAGACAAUGGAAGCCAAUGGAGACAGCUACACUGGUCCAUAGUUGGUAUGCUAGAAUUUCAGCUGUUUGGGUUUCCUUUGAUCGGGGCAGACAUAUGCGGGUUUUGGGCACAGGCGCAGUACGAGAUGUGUCUGAGAUGGUAUCAGCUAGGAACCUUUUACCCUUUUGCUAGGAGCCACAAUAUAUAUAAAAACGAUGGCGUGGAAUAUGCUAGGGACCAAGACCCCACCGCCUGGAACUCGACUUUUACCGACAUCGUACGUCGCUACAUCCGGAUCCGGUACAAAUUCUUGCCUUAUAUGUACUCACAGUUCAAAGAGGCCCACAUCAAGGCUACAAUGGUACUCAGGUCUUUGAUGUUUGAAUUCCCAGAGGAUGAGAAUACUUGGUCCAUAGACAGACAGUUUAUGUUUGGUCCCUCACUGCUCAUCUCUCCAGCACUGGACGAGGGCCAGACUGAAGUCACGGCAUACUUUCCAAAAGGCAGAUGGUUUGACUAUUAUGAGGGCGAGGAGACAAGGUCAUCAGACGGAAGAUUUGUCACAAUCCCCACCCCUCUGUCUUUCCUUCCAUUUCACGCAAGGGGCGGAUCCAUCAUACCAUAUCAAAAUGUAGCCAACUCUACGCAAUACAGCCGCCUGAACCCCAUGGGUCUGUGGUGUGCCUUGGAUGAAACUUACAGCGCCUCGGGCUCCCUGUAUGUGGAUGACGGGGAGAGCAUAGAUUCUUAUACAACUCGAAAAUAUCUUGAACUCAAGUUUGAACUAAAAGAGGGAGAGCACCUGACGAUAUCCGUGGUCCAUCAAGGAUACACCCCUCCCGGGAAUCUCUCAUUCACCGUCAUAGAGUUUAGCGGACUCCCCGGUCUACCAACGUCUCUCUCCAUUGACGGACGGCGGAUAGAAGCCAGGCAUAUACAGCUUAAACACAAAAUUGCACAACUUGUUGACAUAAACUUGGAUAUAACGAAAAAUCACACAGUGAAUUGGAUGUCAUAUCAUCUAGAGGACAAAUAUAAAGACAUGGCGGCCACCGGGCGCUCCAACUCGGGCAGACAUACUUGUUUUAUGUGCAUACUGUUCAUGAUGUCGGCUGCCGCUAUAGUCAUGUCGGCCCUAGUUCUCAAUCGCAUGUUGAAUGAUGACGACGAAACGCCCCGGUCUAUCCUAUCGCCGGACACAGUCGCUGGUCAGAAAGUGGACUCCUCUACCCCCCGAGUUCCCGGCCCCGUGCCAGAGUUUAGGACGGAGGCCGUGGUGGAUUGUGACCCUCCCAAUCAGAGGGAUCCGUCACGUGUUGACCAGGAACAAUGCGGACAAAGGCGGUGCAAAUGGAUCCAACAUUCUCAUGAAAGAGCCCCAAGGUGCGUGUUAACGAAAUCUGUUGGAUAUUCACUUCCGGGAAACGUCCAGGCCGGUCCCGGAUCCCUGUCCGAGGCGCGGAUAGUGAGGAAAGGUCCCACGAAGAUCUAUGAUAGGCCUGUCUACAAAGAAGUGGACGUUUCCGUAGAUGAAUACGGGGACAGUGCUCUCAGGAUCUUUUUUCGCCCAGUCAACUCAUCUGCCUUUGAGAUUCCGGACGAGGCGCUCAAAAUAAACCGACCGUCUCCCGCCACCAACAAAAAAUACAAAGUAGAAUUUGUAAGAGAACCGACGUUUGGUAUCAAAGUUACCAGGAAAAACUCAAACACAGUAAUCUUUGACAGCAGUUUGCCGGGACUGACGUUCUCUGACCAGUUCCUGCAGAUCAGCACCCGCCUCCCCACAGACAAUGUGUAUGGGUUUGGAGAGCACAACCACAGGCGCUACCGCCAUGACAUGAACUGGAAAACGUGGGGCAUGUUCUCGAGGGAUUUUGCUCCGAAUGACGAGCCGUGGAAUCUGUACAGCGUUCAUCCUGUUUAUAUGAAUCUGGAAUCAGACGGACAGGCAAACAUAGUGUUUCUCAAAAACAGCAAUGCAAUGGAGGUGACCCUGCAGCCGUCCCCGUACCCCGCCAUUACCUACAGAACAAUAGGAGGGGUUCUAGAUUUCUACGUGUUCCUGGGGGAGAACCCAAACCACGCCCUUCAGCAGUACAUACAGGCGAUAGGUCGCCCUCCUAUGCCGCCCUAUUGGUCUCUUGGUUUCCACAUCUGUAGAUGGGGAUAUCGAGACUUACCGGAAAUGAAGAAAGUUCACGAGAGGAAUAUUCUGGCAGAAAUACCGUUUGACACACAGUGGGGAGACAUUGACUACAUGUACAAAAAGUUUGAUUUCACCUACGACAAAACCACCUUUGCGAGUCUACCACAAUUUGUGGAACAGGUCCAUAACAGGGGGAAGAAAUUUGUGGUUAUUGUGGACUCCGGUAUUGGAGCCAACAAAACAUUGUAUGCCGAGGCCAGAAGUAACAGUCCCGGAUAUAGCAUGUAUGAUGACGCAGUCCAGAGAGAUGUACUGGUGAAAAACGCCACCGGAGAUAUCCUGAUCGGAAAGGUUUGGCCUGGUCAAAGUGUUUUCCCAGACUUUACAAACGUCGACAAAAUUACGGACUUCUGGGCCCGCUGGAUAAAGUUCUUUGUGAAAAACGAAUCCAUCCCAGCAGACGGCUUAUGGAUAGAUAUGGACGAGCCUGCAAGCUUCAUCCCGGGAUCUGAGAAUGGUUGCCAGAGAAAUGAUUGGAACAACCCGCCGUUUAUUCCAAAAAUAAAAGACGGAGAGAAAGAUGGCGGAAGUUUGUAUUACAAGACCUUGUGUAUGGACGCACAGCAAAAAUGGGGCAGACACUACGACGUUCACAGCAUGUACGGGCAUAGUGAGAGCAUGGUUACUUACAGAACCCUGACCAAGCUGUACCCUAACAAGAGACCCUUCAUUGUGACUCGGUCCUCCUUCGCCGGAACCUCCCAGUACGCCUCCACGUGGCUGGGGGACAACGACGGACAGUGGAGUCACAUGCACGACUCCAUUGUGGGGAUGCUGGAAUAUCAAAUGUUUGGCUUUCCUAUGGUAGGAGCAGAUAUCUGCGGGUUUUUCGGAGCUGACCAGCGUGAGAUGUGCCUAAGAUGGUACCAACUUGCGACCUUCUAUCCAUUUGCAAGGAGUCAUAACGGCAUUUAUAGCCCACAUAACAGCAGUUUUGUACCGGACCAGGACCCGGCGUUUUGGGACCCAGAUUUUGUCCGCAUUGUGCGUAACCAUCUACUGCUUCGAUAUAAGUUCUUACCGUACAUGUACACGUGCUUCAAAGAGGCGCACGUGGACGCGAAAAUGGUUCUACGGUCCCUGAUGUUUGAGUUUCCAACAGACCCAAACACGUGGGCAAUCGACCAACAGUUCAUGUUCGGGUCCUCCAUUCUUGUGUCUCCCGUUUUAGAAGAAAACAAGAAGACAGUUGAUGCGUAUUUUCCAAAAGGAAGAUGGUACACUUACUAUGGGGACAAUGAGGUAAAUUCUUGGAAUGGUCAGAACUACACUCUGGACGCGCCUCUCCACGUGCUGAAUUUCCACGCCAAGGGAGGAUCUAUUAUCCCGAUGCAAGACCCAGGGAACUCCACUCAUUAUAGUCGUAUGAAUCCGAUGGGUCUGUGGUGUGCCUUGGAUGAGAGUAACAGCGCUAGUGGGUCUUUAUUUAUGGACGAUGGCGAAAGCAUAGAUUCUAUCGCAAGGAAAAACUAUCUUGAGCUGCGCUUUACCCUGCAGAAGGGGAGACAACUCGAUAUAAAUGUGAUGCAUGGCGGAUACACUCCUCCCGGAAAUCUGAGUUUCACUAGCGUGGAAAUCUCAGGUCUCUCCGUCUUCCCGACCUCAGUCUACAUUGACGGAAUAAAGAUGGACACCAGUCAUAUCCGGCUGAAAAGAAAAAUUCUACAAAUGGCGAACUAUAAUGCAGUGGACGAAGAGGCAAAAGUGAAAAAUAAAAGGAAAAGGGUGAUCGUGUUCACUUUCAUUGCUGUGAUUUUGGUGUGUGCCAUUGCGGCACCUAUAAUUAUUGGCCAAUCGAAACCACAGUACCAGUACAAGCAUACCGGGUUGCCGCAGCAGCAGCUGACGUCGCAAAAUGACGUCAUGGUCGACUGUUCCGGAAGAAAAGGAACCGAGAGUGAAUGUAAACAAAACGGAUGUAUUUGGCAAAGAACAAAAAAUCCAAGGGCCCCACCUUGCAUAUAUCCCAAAACUAUGGGAUAUCAAAUUGAAGGACAAGUGAGAAGUACGGACCGAUCGCUUCAGUUCUCCAUCCGACAGAAACUCAAUAAAACUAUCUUUGACACAGACAUCCAUCAGCUGGUUGACGUCAGCGUAGAGAUGUACAGUCCAAAAAGUCUCAGAAUUAAGUUUAUGCCAAAUGGGACAUCAAAGCCGUUUGAAAUACCGGAGGAGGCCAUACCAGUGAACGACGAACACCAGGCAGGGGAGAAACUGUACAACGUCACCAUUCAACGGGGGCCAGUGUUUGGCAUCAUUGUCACCAGGCGGUCCACGGGGACGGUGGUAUUCAGUUCGUCAGUUCCUGGCCUCAUGCUGUCCGAACAGUUCCUCCAAAUCACCAACCGCCUUCCCUCGGGAAACCUGUACGGAUUCGGAGAACACAAUCACCAGCGAUUCAAGCACGACUUGAACUGGAAAACAUGGCCGAUGUUUACACGUGACACCACUCCCACUGAUGAUUGGAACUUGUAUGGGUCGCACCCCGUGUACAUGAAUGUCGAGAGGGACGGCAAUGCUAACAUGCUGUUUCUCAGGAACAGCAACGGAAUGGAUAUCCAAGUUCAGCCCGAGCCUUUCCCCGCGGUCACUUACCGCGUCAUUGGAGGGGUGCUGGAUUUCUUUGUAUUUUUGGGCCCAACACCUGGUGAAGCUGUUCAACAAUAUGUAAAGACAGUUGGUAUGCCGGUUAUGCCCCCAUAUUGGUCGCUAGGGUUCCACUUAUGUCGCUAUGGAUACAAAACUCUAGCGGAAAUGCAGAGUGUACGGCAAAGGAAUAUUAACGCAGGGAUUCCGUUUGACACCCAGUGGGCCGAUAUAGAUUACAUGUACAAGAAGUUUGAUUUCACCUACGACAAGGUUAAAUUUAGUCAAUUCCCAGAUUUUACGAACGAGCUGCACAACAGUGGACAGAAAUUGGUGGUCAUUGUGGAUCCUGGCGUAGGCGCCAAUCAGAAUAUUUACAAAGAGGCUCAGAAGAACAGUCCCGGCUAUGAUAUGUACAAUGACGGACAAAGGAGGGACAUCUUCAUAAAGAUGAAUGGCUCAGAGCUCCAGGGACAGGUUUGGCCUGGUCUUACAGUUUUCCCAGAUUUUACCAACUUGAAGAACACUACGGAAUUUUGGAAGUACUGGAUUCGGUACUUUAUGCAAAACGAAACAAUACACGCAGAUGGACUAUGGAUUGACAUGAAUGAACCAUCAAAUUUUGUUGCUGGAUCCCAACGAGGUUGCCAAAGAAACAGGUGGAACAACCCGCCAUAUGUGAUGCCCAUUUUGGAAGGAGAGAAAGAUAACGGAAGUCUCUAUUAUCAGACGAUCUGUAUGGACGCCGAGCAGCACUGGGGGAAGCACUACGACGUUCACAAUCUGUAUGGGCACAGUGAGAGUAUGGUCACCAAUAGAGCUUUACGGGAAUUAUUUCCGGGAAAGAGGCCGUUUAUCCUGACCCGAUCAACGUUUUCCGGAACCUCGGCGUACGCUGCCAAGUGGCUGGGGGACAACCGGAGCCAGUGGUCCGAUAUGCACUGGUCCAUCGUCGGUCUUUUGGAAUUCAGCAUAUUUGGAUUUCCAAUGAUUGGAGCCGAUAUUUGCGGCUUUAACGGAAAUGCCACAUACGAGAUGUGCUUAAGAUGGCAUCAGUUAGGUGCAUUCUACCCAUUCUCCAGAAACCACAAUGGAAUUUAUCAAACGUCACAGGAUCCUGGAGCUUGGAACCAGACUUUUACUUCCAACGUUCGACGUCACCUAAGCUUGCGAUACAAGCUACUGCCAUACACGUACACCUUGUUCAAAGAGGCCCACGUCCAGGGCACCACUGUUGUAAGGCCGCUUAUGUUUGAGUUCCCUGCAGACAGCCAUACCUGGGAUAUAGACAACCAGUUUCUACUGGGAUCGUCAUUGCUGAUAUCUCCGGUGCUGCAGGAGAACGUGAGACGGAUCCAAGCGUACUUUCCCAAGGGAAGGUGGUUCGACUACUACAAGGGGGUCGAAAUCCCAGGGCCUGAAUCGGGUAGGAACGUAACACUGAACGCCCCUCUGUCGAACUUAAACCUCCAUCUCCGCGGCGGGAACAUCAUCCCGGUCCAAAAGCCAGGCAACACGACAAAAACAAGCCGUUUAAAUCCGAUGGGACUUUUAGUUGCACUGAAUGAAAAUUUGGAGGCGUUCGGAACCCUCUUCCUGGAUGAUGGGGAAAGUGACUAUUCCUUUCAAAAUGGAAUUUACUUAGAACUUCAGUUUCAUUUUUAUGGGGGUGAGAGGCUCGACAUUAACGUUGUACACAACAAGUUUACCCCCGCCGGGAACUUGACGUUCAACACCAUAGAUAUUUACGGUUUACACAGACACCCAAGUGACGUCAUAGUUGACGGAAGUCAUAUAAAGAGCGCGUCCCAAAUAUCUAACAUUAUCCGCCUUUCUGGUUUUCAACUUGACGUAACUAAUAACCAUACGAUUACGCUAGAAAUGGAUAAAAGAUGAUUAGCUGGACAAAAUAAAUAGAUGUAUCAUAUUCUUUUUUAUGAAACCACGCUUACUUUUUUUUUAACAGAAGAGAUGGAAAGACAACUCUACUGAACAAAUGUAGUUGCAAAAUGACUUUUGUGGUUAUCUUUCCUUGUAGAUUCCACUGGAAUAAUGAAAAUAAUACAAU